GUUAAAGGGCCAUUCAAUAUUUUGAGUUAAUCACUUUACAGUAAUUCCAAGUCAAAAAGUGCUUAAGUUUCUAUAUCACUAAUAUGUCGAUACUAGCGUAUAACGGGGGUGCGGUAGUCGCCAUGAAGGGCCAAGACUGUGUGGCCAUCGCUACGGACAAGCGGUUUGGUAUACAAGCUCAAACAGUAUCAACCAACUUCCCAAAAGUAUUCCAAAUGGGACCCACAUUGUAUGUAGGCCUUCCCGGUCUCGCGACUGACACCCAAACUGUAUUUCAGAGACUGAAAUUUAGAAUGAACUUGUAUGAAUUAAAAGAAAACAGAAUGAUGCGGCCUAAAACAUUCUCAGCGAUGUUGUCAAACUUAUUGUAUGAACGACGUUUCGGCCCUUACUUUAUUGAACCUGUCAUAGCUGGUCUAGAUCCCUAUGAUAACCAACCUUAUGUCUGUAACAUGGACUUGAUUGGUUGCCCAAAUGAACCUGAAGAUUUUGUGGUAUCGGGCACCUGUUCUGAACAGCUGUAUGGUAUGUGUGAAGCUCUCUGGGAGCCCAACUUGAAGCCAGAUGAACUCUUUGAGACAAUCUCACAGGCUCUGGUGAAUGCGGCAGAUCGUGACGCCAUCUCCGGUUGGGGUGCCGUUGUUUACAUCAUUGAAAAAGACAAGAUCACUGAGAAACACGUCAAGACUAGGAUGGAUUAAUUUAUUUUAAGAUUUAUGUGGUAUUUUGUCCAGGUUUACUAAUAAAAUUAUUUGAAAUUCA